AUGGGAAAUACAGCAGAGCGAACAAUCUGGGGCAGCUCUUCCAUCAAUCGGAGGAAUCCUACGCCAAUCACCAUCUGCAAAAAUUAUCAAUCAAAGGUCCUUCAUGAAAAUGACAAAUUCAACAAUCCAAGGAGUGGAUCAUUCCUCUUCGUUAACGAGGUGGAGGUCUAUGGAAGAAAAAGACUUCAGAAUCCCCAUCACGAGCAAACAAGAAUAGUAAAGCAUGUCCCCAAAAAAACGUUCAUGCCAAAGACAGUCGGUGAAGACCAUUUCUUCAGGGUUCGCCCGAUUACAAUGGAAAGGAGUGAUGGCAAGCACUUUGUAAUAGGGACAUUCGAAUGUGAUAUUUUAAUCAAAAGUGAAGAGUCAAUUUCAUCUGGAAUCACGCAUAAAAUUUUAACAUUUCUGAAGCACAUCAGGAUCUUCCUUGACAAAGAGCGCCUGCGACAAGCCUUCUGGACCACUAACAGAUUCUCAGUCAACUACCUUUUUACUUUUGCAAACCACAUCAUUGUUAGGGACGCAGGCUUUGCGGCCGGAAUCCUUUUUGAUAGAGUUGGAAAAUCAGUAACUACUCUUGGAGAACGUGCUGUCCUCCAACUCAUGUACUUUUCCACUAAAGCCCCUGAGAGUAAGCCUGCAUUUUUCCAUUAUCUGGAAGAUCUUAGCCAGCGUCUGAUCGAUAUUUAUCUUCUGCUUGCAAAAUUAGGAUGCAAGAGUGUUGGUAAGGGUGAGAAAGAGAAGAGAAAAGAGCGUGAGAAUAGUGAAUGUAUAUAG